AGGAAAUGAGCGAUAUGACAUGACACCGGAAGUGGUUGAAUUUUAAAGAAACGCCGCUGUUGGUCGACGAGCGUGAACAUGGACAAAUCGCCGGAGUAUCAUUAUUCCGGAGGGUCACCGCAUCCACCUGCACCGAAUAUGGCGCCGAGAGGAGACUUUCCUGCAGCACCUUCUGCCGAGUCAUGGGAGGUUUACCGGCAGCACCAGGCUCAACAGGUUCCGUCCCGUCACUGGGGCCCGUUUCCUCCGGCACGACCACCACCGCCCUCGCACGGGUCUCCUCAUGUAUAUCCGCCACAUCUGCCUUUCGACCCCAGCAGACCUCCUCCUGGUUAUUUCGCGACAUCUCCAGGACCGACCCCUUCAGCGUCUCCUUCUUCAAACCUAAAGCCUGGACACAGUGAGGACCCACCUGGCUUUCAUCUACCCCACAGAGAUUACCAGUCUAACACGGAUAACUAUCACAGAGGACAUUUUGAUCAGACUGGCAGUUUUUCAAACUCUGCUACACCGUCAUAUCAGUCUAGUUUUCAGUCUAACAACAAUAACAUCCUGGCUCAUAAUUACUCUGUGGACCAUCAUAACCAAAAUUAUCCAUCCAGAGCUCCUCCUGAUCAUCCUGACAAAAACAGCAACAAGUCUGAUGAGGAUGCUUGGCAGACAAAACAAGACGAGCAGUGGGUUAGUGCUUUUUUACACAGAAGAACAAAAACGGCACCACCUUCUGCAAAGCCCUCUCCUCCAAAGCACACGGUGUCUGAUUUCAGGGAGAAGUUGUACACAGCGGUUAAAAUGCUCUCCGAGCUCUCGGAGGUGUGCCAAACCUUAAAAAACAACCUCGAGAAUGAAAGCGCAUGGACAGACUCGUACUCGAGAGCAGCGGAGCUGAAGAGCAGCCUGAAAGAAAGCCUGAGGACUCUGAGCGAUCCGGACAGAGUGGACAUGGUGAAGAAGAAAUUGGCUCUGAUGAAGAAGAAGCGAGCACGUAUGCGCAGGAAGAAGGCUGAGCGCGAGGAGGAGAAACAAGAGCAAGAAGCACGAGCCGCAGAGAAAGAGGCGGCUAUUGAUAAGCACCAGAUGAAGAAGAUACAAGAAAUCGAAGAGAAAAACAGGGAGCGAGAACUGAAGCUCGCGGCCGAUGCGGUACUCUCUGAAGUCAGGAGGAAGCAAGCUGAUGCCAAGAGAAUGCUGGACAUCCUGAAAGCUCUGGAGAAGCUGCGGAAACUUCGCAAAGAAGCUGCGUCCAGAAAAGGCAUGUUUCCAGGAAAGGAGAGUGAUGAGGUGUUUGAGGGCCACCUGACGCGGCUCAGGUCUCUGAUCAGGAAACGCACAGCUGUCUACGGGGCCGAGGAGAAGGCACUGAGGGUCAUGCUGGAGGGAGAGCAAGAGGAGGAACGCAAACGUGAUCAUGAGAAGCGGCAGAGAAAAGAGCGAGAGAAGCUGCUGCAGAGGAAACGGGAGAUCGACAUGAUGCUGUUUGGAGCUGAACUGCCUGUUGAUCAUCCACUUCAGCCGUACCAAGAGUACUACACCCAGGCAGAAAGAUCACUACCUGCCCUCGUCCAAAUAAGGAGAGACUGGGAUCAGUUUUUGGUUCCUGUGGAUCACCGUGAUGGUUCCAGCAUUCCUCAGGGCUGGGUUCUACCAGAUCCACCAUCUGAUGACGUCUGGGCCAGCGCUCUCGAGAAAUGAACGUCUAAUGAAACCACAUCCAAUCCAUUACCGAUAUUUCAAAGAUUGCACAUCGGACUAUGACUUGACGCUAUUUUGGAGAUUGCUGCACCAAUCUCCGAUUAAAGACGGCUAUUAUUUAUUGUAUUUGUGUUCUACUUAAAUACUAAUAAGAAUAAACGACUUGUUUGUAUAA